UUCAGUUCCCAUAGUCCCCUGCCCGAACGGCGUCAGCUGGGGAUGGUGGGAAUUGGGGUCCCCUACACCAUGGAAUAUUAGGGACUUUUCUCAGGGACUUUGGUGCUCGAUGGAGCUCUCUGCUGCUGUUGGGGGUCGUGGGUGCGAAACACACGUGUGGGGCUUCAUUUUGCCCCCUCCCACUAGGAUUUUAAUUUGCAUUAAAAAAGGGAGAUUUAAGGGCGGGGUAGAAGAUGCAAAAUCCCGCAGGUGCAACUGUGGGUGAGAGCAAAAAGACAAGGAUGAUGCCUGCUUUGCAAGAUAGGCUGGGAAAGUUUGCAGUGCGAAGGAGGAGGAGGACAAAGUAGCUGGGGUGAAGCCCUUGCCGGUUAGCUCCAGGCCCCCAUGUUCCCAUUAAAAACCUUAGAAAAAACGAAAGCUACAACAGCAUUGCAAGGUAGGCCAGACAGGCGGUAAAAACGGGUUUAAAAGAAGCUUCUUUAAAGAAAGUCGCCUCUACACUUAUCCUAAGUCUAUGGGCCCGUGGUGACCAUAUCUGACCUCAGAGUUUCACUUCCGGGUUCUUCUAGCCCCCGUAUUCACCUUCUCUAUGGUAAAAGCCCUAGCGCGCGGCCUUUUGACGCCAUCAAGCGACGCUCCGUCCCGGAAGUGACUUGGCGGAGCGCGCGGACGCAGGGAAGCCGCCCUCGAGCGAUAACCAUGGACUCCGCCGGCCACCCUUCCACGGGGGAAAUUAUCCUCCUGGCCACCAGUUCGGCCGUUACCGCAAUCCUCUAUGCCGUUUACAGGCACAAGUCAAAAGUUGCAGACAGCCUGAAGGGUGCUAAAAAGGUCACCUUGGACCAGGACUUAAAGAACCUAUUAAUGGAAGCUCCGGGAAAAUGCGUCCCCUACGUGGUGAUAGAAGGUGUGGUGCGCUCCGUCAAGGAAAGCCUCAACAGCCAGUUUGUGGACAGCUGCAAGGGGGUGGUGCAGAGGCUGACCCUUCAGGAGCACAAGAUGGUGUGGAACCGGACCACUCACUUCUGGAACAACUACGAAAAGAUCAUCCACCAGAGGACAAACACAGUCCCUUUCGACCUGGUGGCCCCGGGGGGCGAGGGCCCCCCCGACGUGGCCGUGAGGGUCCUGAAGCCCCUCAGUGCUGCGGAGCUGAGCCUGGAGACCGUCUACGAGAGAUUCCACCCCUCGGUGCAGUCCUUGACCGAUGCCAUCGGCCACUACAUCAGUGGGGAGCGGCCCAAGGGCAUCAAGGAGACCGAAGAGAUGCUGACCGUUGGGGCGGCCCUGACUGGGGUCGGCGAGCUGGUCCUGGACAGCAGCACCAUCAAGCUGCAGCCCCCCAAGCAGGGCCUGCGCUACUGCCUGAGCAGCCUGCGGUUCGAGACGCUGCUCCAGCGGCAGGAGUCGAGCGCCCGGUUCUGGAAGGUCCUGGCCACGCUCUGCGGCCUGGCCAGCUGCGCCCUCCUCAUCUUCGUCCUGCACAAACAGUACCGCUGUCAGCGGGAGAAGCGGCGGCUGCGCCAGAUGCUGGAGGGCAUGGCCGCCGGAGGGGACGCCGCCAACACCUGCGUGGUCUGCCUGGGCAACAGCCGGGCCUGCGUCUUCCUCAACUGUGGGCAUGUGUGCUCCUGCCUCAAGUGUUACGAGGCCCUGCCCAGGCCCCCCCACUGCCCCAUCUGCAGGCAGCUGAUCGCCCGGGUGGUGCCUCUGUACAACAGCUGAGGGGUGGUGCCCCUCCCUCUCUCUCAGGCUUGGACAUUGCUGUGUGGAACGGGGGGGUUUCGUGGGUGGGGAGGGGGCUUAGUUGUAGCUCUUUGCGCAGAUCCACAAAAGCUGAGCGAUGUGGCGCUCACACUCAGUCCGGAAUUGAACUGCUGGCUGCGGCUUUGGUAAAAAUGCCAAAAAUCUCUUGGUGCGUGUGAAUAAAUCGUCUUCAGACGUUGCUUCUUUCUUGAA